AUGAACAUUCGUACACCCCGAUCGACUCUAGCUAUCUACGAUCGGUUCGGCCGGCUGCUGUUUGGUCAUCCAACAAGUCCGGUGGACGUGUUGGAGUAUGUGGUGUUUGAGAACUAUAUAACAGAUGAGUAUGGACGAUGGCGUAUCCACGGAAAAGUUGUUCCCUCUUGGGCUAGGGGCUUUGCGGCUGCUUCUCAGAGAACUCGCCGUCUUCCUAUGCGAUCGGAAUCUUCGGCAGAAGGUUGA